GGGAGCGCGCGUGCGCACAGCCUCGCACGAGCGAAGCAGCGUUUUUUUUUUAUUGUUGCCACCGGAGGAGGUGGGGAAGGUUUGGCCGCGUCGGCGGAGGCUUUCCGAGGUGGAGGAGUGAAAGGAGCGACCUGGCAUUGCGGGCUCUUCAUUGGAUUGUACAAAAGAAAACCAAAGUACUUAGAAAAAAAGCUACUAAUUGACAAAAUCCUUAAUGGCAGUGACAUGCGGCAUUUUAACAGAAGUUAUUUGUGUUCUGAAAAGCAGCAGAGGGAUAUGGUAAAGUGCUCGGAUGGAACUAAGCCAUUUCACGGUAUGCUGGAGUUUCCAAGAGCUCCCUCAACAAAAGCUCCAGGUGCUACGUUUAUUAGUCCUGCCGCCAGAUCCGUUAGCAAUCUUGAUACUGACUGUAGGAGACAAGCACUAGUUAUCCCUUAUUCAUCCACUCCGAGGCAUUUAUCAGGUAAAAGAAGCCCAUACUUUAGUGCCAAAAUGUCUGUAUUGCCUAAGAGUUUCAGUUCCUUACAGCCUUUGGUGGACACUGGUUUUGAACCACAGGAACUGAAAAGAUCAAGAAGCGUUUCAGCUACUGGGGCCUGUCCAUCAUAUGAAAUGCCUGUUCCUUGGUAUCAAAACAAUCUGACUGACUAUGAAGAAAGUCCCAAACUGAGCAUGCAGAAACCAUUACCCUCAAGAAGCUGUUCUGUUGUGGGGCAGAUGAGAAGGAUGUCCACCUUCCAGGCUGAUUACUGGGCAUGUGCAAUACCCGAUUCUCUGCCACCAUCGCCAGACCGUCAGUCCCCACUUUGGAAUCCUAAUAAGGAAUACGAGGACUUGCUUGAUUACACUUACCCUUUACGUCCAAAAUACAAGCUUCUCCAAAAUCUCAAAGAUUCCACUGUCCAUGAUUCUGGAAUUGAUCUUGAUAGCCUCUCCAUUUCCCCCGAGAGCACCUUGAAGUCUACAAGUAUGUGGGACCAAGAACACCAAACCAGGGAGAGCUCUACCUCACAGAGACUUUCAAGUCCUUUCUUGAAAAAGCUUGAAUGCUCAGUUCCAGUUUCACACUACAGAAUAUCCCCCAUUGGGAAAAUGUCCCUGGCAGAUGGUGGAGUUGGCCUUUCUGAAGGGAUGUCACCUAGUUUAUCUCCUGGGUACCCUGAGCUAUCUAAUUCCACUUUUGUAAUUGAGAAGGAAUGCCACAAAAAGAGACAUGGGUGUCUUUGGGGGAGAAAAGCUGCUAGUGGAAACUUCUUGCGCUCCACAAGUGUACUGCCCUUACGGAAAGAAUGUGCCAGUGAUGAUGAAUAUCUCUCCUUACCACCAAGACUCAAGGAGUUAGAGACACUGGCGCAGCAGCUAUCGGAUCUUACACUGACUAUAAAGAAACCUGAACUUGGCCAGGUACAAGAUGACUUCCCCUGCAUCAGUGUGAAUGGGGAGCAGCUCCUGUCAGAGGUUCAAGGAGAUAGCGAUGGCAAUGAGAGCCAGUGGGAAUUGUAUUCUGACUCCUUCCAUACAUGUAAUUUCCAAGAACUUGAUGAGAUAGACAUUCUCAGGGAUCAGGCCGGCAAGGAACAGGAAAGCGAGCCAAGAGAAACUGCUAGCUCUGAUUUUCCUGAAAUGAGAUGCCCAGAGUUCCUUUCUAUCAAGGAAAAGAAGGAACAUUACUCUCUUGCACAGUGUAUUAAGGUGUUUUGCUGUCAGUUGGAAGAGCUCAUUCGCUGGCUGCAUAAAGUGGCAGAAGGUAUAGAUCAAUGGAUUCCUCCCAAGCCAGACGUUGAGAGUGUUAAAGCAUCAUUUCAAAACUACUUGGAAUUCAAAAAAGAUAUAGCUGAGCACCAAGCAUUGACUGAAAGUGUGUUGCACGAUGGUGAAAAUCUUCUUAGAUGCAUGUCAACAAAUUCACCAGUUUUACAGAAAACUCUUGGCUUGAUUGCAAAACAUUCGGAUAUGCUUAAAAGCCAUGCUGAACGAUUGUAUGAAUCUAUUUUAGCAGCCAUACAUACUCUUGAUGACGGCUUGAGGAAGCAUUGCGAUGUUCAAGAAACUGCAGUCCACAAAGAUGCAUCUGAGUAA